GAAUCGUAUUUUCUCACCAUGAAGGGGAAAGUGCACUGUGUCUGGGGGAAUAGGCCGUUGCAAUCCGUUUUAUUUAAAGAAUAUAAAUCAUGUUGUUAGGUAAAAUUAUUAAAUUAUCGGUCAGCGAUGUUAGAUUUUCUACAUCUUUGGAGCAUCACGGGUCGGAUGCUAUGCACACAGAUCCAGACUAUUCUGCUUAUGUUGUGAUUGAAACUGACGCAAGUGAUGACUUAAAGGGUUAUGGACUGACUUUUACUUUGGGGAAAGGCACAGAAAUUGUCGUGUGUGCUGUGAAGGCCCUCUCGACGCAUGUUGUUGGGAAGCAUCUGACAGAGAUUGUGAACGACUUCCGUGGGUUUUACAGGCUACUCACAAGUGAUGGGCAAAUGAGAUGGAUUGGUCCAGAGAAAGGCAUCAUACAGCUAGCCACAGCAGCCAUUCUCAAUGCAGUCUGGGAUCUGUGGGCUAAAUCCGAAGGCAAGCCACUAUGGAAGUUGCUAGUAGAUAUGGACCCCAAAAAGCUUGUAUCCUGCAUAGACUUCAGAUACAUCACUGAUGUGCUGACAGAGGAAGAUGCUUUGGAUAUCCUCCAGAAAGGUCAAGCAGGGAAGAAAUCAAGGGAGGAACACAUUCUGACACGUGGUUAUCCUGCUUACACUACUUCUUGUGCUUGGCUUGGUUACCCAGAUGAACAACUGAAAAAGCUCUGUACAAAGGCACUGGAGGAUGGCUGGACAAGUUUUAAAGUAAAGGUUGGUGCCGACCUACACAACGAUAUCCACAGAUGUAAACUGAUCAGAGAAAUGAUAGGAAAAGACAAUACCCCGUAGAUUGAUGCCAAUCAGCGAUGGGAUGUUCAAGAAGCCAUUGAAUGGGUUUUCAAGUUAGCUGAGUUUAAACCUGUAUGGAUAGAGGAACCAACCUCGCCUGAUGAUAUUCUCGGCCAUGCAACCAUAGCCAGGUGUCACAACAGGGUGAUGUUUAAACAGAUGCUCCAGGCUAAAGCUCUACAGUUUGUUCAGAUUGAUAGCUGCAGGCUAAGGAGUGUUAAUGAAAACCUCUCUGUGUUGCUGAUGGCCUGCAAAUUCCAAGUGCCUGUGUGUCCCCAUGCCGGAGGAGUUGGCCUCUGUGAGCUAGUGCAGCUCUUAAUAUUGUUUGACUACAUCGCUGUAUCUGGAAGUCUUGAAAACCGGAUGCGCGAAUAUGUAGACCAUCUCCACGAGCAUUUUGCAUACCCAGUGGUAAUUAAAAAUGCUUCCUACAUGCCACCAAAGGAUCCAGGCUAUUCCACAGAAAUGAAGGAGGAUUCAGUAAGGAGAUACCAAUUUCCUGAUGGAGAGGUCUGGCAGGAACUUUGCUAAUCACAAGGUUAAAGCUUAACCACACAGAUUAUUAAACUUGUGGCUGACAGUCUCAACAUCUUCUGUAUAAUUUAUUCUGUUAAUCUAAGAAGAAGAAGUAGCAAAAUGCUGCCACCAUUUACAGUAAAUAUGCCCCUUUGUGUACCAUGGUUAUGAAAUGCAGUGGUAAAAAAUAUUAAAUUCUUAACAUAA